CUGAACUAAUGAAAAGAAAGUGGGAAACAAAACUGAAGCAAAUUGAAGAACUGGCAUCUCAUUAUGAGAGGAAACCAUUGCCUUCAGUAUAUAAGCCAAGACUGUCCAGGCCAGAAGAACCACCGAACAUUUGGAAACUAUUUCAUCGACAAACGGAAGCUUUUAAAUUUGUUAGAAGCUGUAAAGAGGAUGUUCAUGUAUUUGCUUUGGAAUACAAAGUGGGUAAUGGACAACGUAUUUACCUUGUAACAACUUACACUCAACUUUGGUUUUACUAUAAAUUCAGAAAAAAUCUCUUACACUGCUAUGAAGUAAUUCCUGAAAAUGCUGUGUGCAAGCUUUAUUUUGACUUGGAAUUUAACAAACUUGCCAAUCCAGAAGCUGAUGGAAAAAAGAUGGUUGCAUUACUCAUUGAGCAUGUUUGUAAAGCGCUUCAAGAGUUAUACAGAGUUAAUUGUUCAGCAGCAGAUGUUUGCAAUUUGGAUUCUAGCACUGAUGAAAAAUUUAGCCGCCAUUUAAUAUUUCAGCUCCAUAAUGUGGCAUUUAAAGAUAAUAUCCAUGUAGGAAAUUUCGUGAGAAAAAUUUUGCAGCCUGCUUUUCGGUUAAUUGCCAGUGAAGAUGAUGAUAGAACUCAAGAGACAGCAGGCCAUGGAUGUGUCCAGUUUUCUGAGCCACCAGUUAAGCACGGACUUUCUUCCCCAGAUCAGGAGAGAGGAAAGGGCUGUACCCUGAAUUCAGAGAAGCCGGAGAGGCUGGGGUCGGCAGAGCAAAGCGACCGUGACCUUUCCUUUUUAGUUGUGAAGAGUGACACUGGAGAAAAGCAUCUUUUUGUCGAUCUGGGGGUUUAUACAAGAAAUAGAAACUUUCGACUCUACAAGUCAUCAAAAAUAGGAAAACAAGCGGCUUUGGAAAUCGCUGAAGAUAACAAAUUUUUUCCUGGACAACUGAAAAAUGUUUCUGAUGAAAAUCAGUAUUUCCUCUCCUCAUUGGUCAGCAAUGUCAGAUUCUCAGAUACUUUACGAAUUCUUACAUGUGAAGCAUCAUGUCAGAAUAAACAAAAAGGAGUGGAGUGUUUUAGUGGUGCCAGCACUUCAGUGGAAACUAUUGAAGGUUUUCAGUGUUCACCCUACCCUGAAGUUGAUCAAUUUGUUCUUUCUUUGGUUACUAAAAAUGGCAUUAAAGGAGGAAUUCGGCGUUGGAACUACUUCUUCCCAGAAGAAUUAUUGGUUUAUGAUAUUUGUAAAUACCGUUGGUGUGAAAACAUUGGCAGAGCCCACAAAAGCAAUAAUAUCAUGAUUUUGGUUGAUCUGAAAAAUGAAGUUUGGUAUCAAAAAUGUCAUGACCCUAUAUGCAAAGCAGAAAACUUCAAAUCUAAGUGUUUUCCAAUUCCUGCUGAAGUUUCUCUCCUGUUUCUUUUCAAAGAGGAAGAGGACUUUACCACGGAAGCUGCUGUGAACAAUGAAACCAGAAACCUGCAUGAACUGUCAAAAGGUGCAUCUUCUGAUGCUGACUGGGACAAUGGUGUGGAUGAAGCUUAUUUUUUGGAAGCUACUGAAGAUGUUGAAUUAGCUGAGGCUGUAGAGGUCAGUCUUCUCAGUCAUAAUAGUGUAGAGGAUGAAAUUCCUGAUGAGCUAAUUAUGGAAGCUGUCAUGAGUAAAGAUGAACUAUUACAAGAGUAGCUAAUUAACUGGAAAAAACCCCAUGUAAUAUUAAUUUAUUAAACCAUAUUUAUUGAAAAUUGA